UUCAAGUGUUACUGCACUAUGUGCCCAGUAGUGUAGCAUAUCUUCAUAUCUCGACUUCACUGCAUGUCACUGUUUUGGUAUUUCCAAUUUUAGAUUUUCCUUCUUGGAUAUAAAUGACUGAUUGCCAAAUGGUUUCCUCAGAUUUUACAGCAGAUGAGAAGAUGGAGAUCGAGGGCAUUAAGAAAUAUAAGAAAGACCUUCUGGAUGAUAUCCAGAAGUUAAAGAUGGAGAUAGACAACAUCAUGGCGGGUGUACUCAGCUUUGAGUCUGCAGAGGAAAACAAGACCAUGGAGAAGAGCAAACAGUUCUCAAAUGGGAAGAAGAAAUUCAACAUGGACCCCAAAAAGGGCAUGAAAUACAUGGUGGAGAAUAAGCUGCUGGAUGGAAGUGCUCAAACCAUCGCUGAGUUCCUCUACAAGGAGGAGGGACUCAACAAGACAGCCAUUGGAGAAUUUCUUGGAGAAAGGGAGGAGCUCCACCUCCAGACCCUGAAGGCCUUCGUGGAGCUGCACGAGUUCUCCGACCUCAACCUGGUCCAGGCCCUCAGACAGUUCCUGUGGAGUUUCCGUCUGCCUGGUGAAGCCCAGAAGAUCGACCGCAUGAUGGAGGCCUUCGCCACGCGCUACUGUGACUGUAACACUCAUGUCUUCCAGUCAACUGACACGUGCUACAUCCUGUCAUUUGCCAUCAUCAUGCUCAACACCAGCCUCCACAACCCCAACGUGAAGGACAAGACCACUCUGGAGCGUUUCAUCUCCAUGAACAGAGGCAUCAACAACGGAGAGGAUCUACCUAAUGACCUGCUCGGGAAACUGUACGAGAGCAUUCACAAUGAGCCUUUCAAAAUCCCAGAGGAUGACGGGAAUGAUCUGACUCACACCUUCUUCAACCCUGACAGAGAAGGCUGGCUUCUCAAACUUGGAGGUCGGGUUAAGACGUGGAAGAGGCGAUGGUUCAUCCUGACUGACAACUGCCUCUACUACUUUGAGUUCACAACCGAUAAAGAGCCCCGAGGCAUCAUCCCUCUAGAGAACCUUUGUGUGAGAGAAGUGCCGUAUCCUCGCAAACCGUACUGCCUGGAGCUGUACAACCCCAACAAACGAGGGCAGAAGAUCAAAGCGUGUAAAACCGAGACGGACGGCAGAGUGGUGGAGGGGAAGCACCAGUCCUACACCAUCUGUGCUGCCGGCGCGGAGGAGAGAGACUCCUGGAUCGAGGCCAUCAGGGCGAGCAUCACCAAGGAUCCAUUCUACGACUUGGUCUCAAUCCGUAAGAAGAAGGUCAUAAACCAAGCUCCCCAGGACUGAGCGGUCCAGCACCCCCCAUGGACAUUUAUAAUACUGCAACACAGUGGGAUCCUUUCCCUCCUCCUCCUUUAAGUUGUAUUAAACACCCGUCAACACAACUGAGCGAGGACACUGGAGGCGAGACACUGACGGAGGUCGUUUAGGCUAAAAGAGAGACUUCUCUUUCCACUUCUCUUUUUUACAGACCGAGCUGAACAGUGUCAAAUGUGAAAACGGUGACUCAUUUCACCGUCAGCGCAACAAGCCACAAACAAUUUUGUCAUAAUGUCUUCCGCAAUGAGAAGCUCAUUUUCGGUCGAUGUCGGUCUGCUCCAGAACGCUUUGUUUCUCGGAUCGGGAUGACAAAUGAAGCACGUGAUGUCCCAGCAGAUCUACUGAAUGCAUGCUAUAAAAAAGGGAAGAAGUGUCUCAGCUUCCUACCAGUUCUCAUGAGGCUCAAAACUGCACGGACAUUUAAAGUACACAGCUUUUACUUCUGUCCAGUGGAUCAUUAUUUCUACACAUCAUACAGCUAUACUGUUCCGGUUAGGAGUCAUUUGAGGACCGUUGGACAUGCUUCCUUUUGUAAAUACAGAUAUAUUUUCAAGCAUUUAGUAAUUCUUUUUUUUACCUUGUAAAGUUUCUAUACUUUAUAGAGUGACAUAUAGAAUUUCCCUUAACAUGCAGAACACUUGUUCUAAUCAGAACAAGUCUGCAAUAUUUCACUUACCUUUAUAGCACAGUGCAAUAAGUGCAAUAUGCAUUCUGUCUACUUUGAUUUUAUUGCCACGUGCACACUGUAAUAUAUGAAAAAAGAAAUCUUUUAAUUGUACCUUAUAUUGUGUGUCAGUUUAUUUUCUUGUGAAUUAUUUAAUAAAAAAGGAUUAAAUUGCUUGUUGACAUGUGA